AUGGCAGAGCUAGGAGAGAAUUUCAACACAGUAUUGGAGAACAUAGAAAGAGUAAGAACAAAGGAGCUAUUAUACAUGGUCUUUAGAUUCCAGGGUGCAGACACAUCUAAGUACGAGAUAAAGGAGCUGAAAGGCAACCCAACAGCCUUAGAUAAAUUUACUCUAAAAAAAGAGAAUGACCUGCAGGAGCAGUUUGAGCUAUUUAAGGCACAGGUGAAGGAGUAUGGGUGCUGCUAUGCGCUGUUUGACUUUGAGGCGCACCACCAGGACGGAAGCCCUAGGUCGGUCUUGUUUCUGUUUACCUUAAUUCCAGAUGGCUUUAAUGUAAAAGAAAAGUUCCUUUACUCCUUCCACCUUCAGCAAUUCAUAGGAAGGUUAAAAACAGCUGUUAAGCUUGUGCAAAUCAACCAGUAUGACGACCUUAGUUAUGAAAAUAUGAAGCAAAUCUGUUUAAAUCUUAAAAAGGCAUAA